AUGAUGGCCAUAGAGAAGGCAGCCAAGAGAGGGGCUGAUGGCAUGAUAAACUCAGUUGAGACGAAAAAAAGGCGAGUCGAGUUUGCAGAUGAGGUAAUGGUUCACGAUGAAGAUGGCGAGAAGCACUCGAAUCAAGACUUCUCUGCAAAGCUUUACCGUAACUUUGUUUUGAGUGCCAUAGAGGACGUGGAAAGAAACGAUGCCUCUCAAAUCAACACAUUGGCGAGCCAGUUGUCACUUCCGAGCUCGAGCCCCGACCGGAUAUCACCUGGCAAUUUGUCAAUCCUGCUGCAGACACUGUCCUACAACAUCAGCAAACUUGAUACCCCAUUAUGCACAUCGCUGAUCCAGUCUGUCAUAAACUUUGAGAAGUGGUGGGAACUGCCUACCGCUACUCUAGGUACGUAUAUAUUCUUCAUUAAAAUCCUAUGCUCGAGCUUGCCAAAGUGGUGGCAAGACGUGUCACUCCCGUUGAUCUCCGAGUUCACCCUCCCUGUGGAUCAGACUGUUCAACACCAUGAGAUGCUCAAAUACUUCCUGCGGACAAUUCCAACAUGUACUGGUUUCAUCGAUUCCUACAUCGCCAAGUUUUUCCCCAACAAGAAUGAUUCAAAAAGGAACCUCGUUAACUAUAUUGCCAACGUGUUGUUACUCACUGACUACUGUAACGAAUUAAGAUUUCAGUCUUGGUCUUUAGUCAUUGAGAAAGUGAUUUCGAUUGAUGUUGAGCUGCAGAAUGAGUUGGACGAAUUGGAUGAUGAUUUGGAAAACAACAUAGACGACGAACUUGAUGACGGUGAAGUUGAAAGCGAUGAAGACGAUCAAAACCUUGACAACGACUCCGAUGAUGAUUCCGCCAACGAUCUCGAUGAUGAUGAUCUUAUGGACGGCCAAGAAGAAUACAACGUCGACGUGACCCAAAACAUAAAACAAUUGUCGUCGAAGCUGGAUGCCAUUCUUUCUCUAAUAACAAAACGGCUUUCGCAAUCGCUUACUGCACAAAGCAUCGAAAAUGGUGACGGUGUCAGCAUCUUUAACACUCUCAUAAGUCUGUUCAAGUCGCAUAUCCUUCCCACUUAUUAUACAAGGUCCAUCCAAUACAUCUUGUUCCAUGUUUCUCAACAACAAUUGGAACUUAUGGAUGCCUUUCUAGUCACACUCAUUGACAUUGCAUUUUCUCCGAAUGAGACCAUUGAAAAGAGAAUAAAGUCACUACAAUACAUCGGAUCAUUUAUUGCACGCGCCAAGAAGCUAACAAAUACUCAGAUAAUAUUUGUUUCAAGCUACUUGACUUCAUGGCUUAACCGUUAUGUUUUGGAGAGAGAAGAAGAAGUUAAUCAACCUGGUGGAGUUGAGAGGUUUAAACAUUUCUACGCUGCUUUCCAGGCACUUUGUUACGUGUUUUGCUUCAGGCACGCCAUUUUUAGGGAUGGAGACACCUGGGAAUGCGAAAUAGACAAGUUUUUUCAAAGAAUGGUGCUCUCUAAAUUCAAUCCCUUGAAAUACUGCAACGAGAAUGUCAUGAUGAUGUUUGCUCGUAUUGCCCAGCAUGAGGGUGUUGCUUACUGCUUUAGCAUAAUAGAAAACAAUAACAACGAAAGAAUGAAAGGGAUUAUGGGGAAAUCAGAUAGCCAGGGCUAUAAUGGCGUUGUUAGCAACUGGUCCUUGGCUACGCGACAACAAUUUAUAGAUUUGCAAAGCUAUUUUCCUUAUGAUCCGCUCUUUCUCAAAACAUACAAAAGGAUGAUGAGGGACUACUACAUUGAGUGGAGUGACGUUAGUCGCGAAUACGAGAGUGACGAAAGCGACGAACUUGAUGAGUUAAACAGGGAUUUAUAG